AUGAUUAAAAUGAGAAAAAAUUCAGAUAAUUUAGAUGCUUUUUCUUCUCAAAAGAAAAGAAAAAUCUCUGAUAAUCUUAAUUCAUACCCACAACAUUUAACACAAAGUCAUAAUCUAAUUCGAAUGAUUCUCUCUUGUACUCUUCCUCUAUCAAUUGUUAAUAAUAAUGAAUUUAGCCAGUUUUGUAGUUCACUUGAUUCAAGAUUUAUACUUCUCAAUAGUGAAACUAUAAGAAAUACAAUUAUUAAUGCAUAUAAUCGAACCAACAGACUUAUUCAAAAUAAAAUAAUAGAAACUGUGGAUGAUUUCAAGUUAAUUGACGUUGUUCUCGACGUGAUCAAUCUUUCAGGAACUCAUGCUGCAACGGAACUUUUUGAAAAAUUCUAG